AUGGAGAUCAAGGAUAUGAAGGAACUGAAAUGGCCUGUCAGAAUGAGGUCACCACCCGAAUCCAGGGACAUGAACAAGUACUGUGAGUUCCAUCGGGAUCAUGGGCAUACCACGGAGAACUGUAAGGCCCUGCAACGGGAGAUUGAAGCCCUUAUUAAAAGAGGACUCUUGAGUUCCUACGUCGGUAACGACAAGCGUCCGAGGAAUGAUCGUGGCAGGGAAAAAGACCCUGAGGGAAAAAGUGAUGGUCAACCCACUGCUGGAACCAUCAAUAUCAUCAUUGGAAGUAUUGCCUCGGGAGGAGACUCCAACAGUGGAAGAAAACAAUAUGCCCGACGAUAUGCCUUGGCCUCUGGGAUGCCCCAUGGAAAGCUGGAGGAUAUUACUUUUGGGACCGGAGACUUAGAAGGCGUAUCACUCCCACAUGAUGACGCCUUGGUAAUCUCAGCAAUUUUGGCCAAUUUUGAAGUAAAGAAGAUCUUGGUUGAUAACGGGAAUGCGGCCAAUAUACUUUCACAAGAAGCUUUUGCCAAAAUGGGAAUCUCGUCUCACCAGCUCAAAGCGGUUAAAACUCCUCUCCAGGGGUUUGGUGGAGGAGUCAUCACUCCAGAGGGUGUCGUCGAGCUUUCACUAACUUUGGGUUCUGGCCAAAAAUAG